AGUCGUAUGAGUGACUGGUAUUUAACUUAUUUAAUAUUGUAUUUUAAAUGCAUUUAUUAAUAAACACAAUGUUAUUGAAGCAUAAAAUGGUGUUUUUCAUAAUAUAUGGAAGAUUAAGUGCUUAGUUUUGCUUUUACGACAUUUCUGAGAAGAUCAACCGAUUUCCGGCAUUGUAAACAAAAACAGCAGAUGUUGGAAACGUCAAAACAUGAAUCUCUCGCGUGACGAUCUAAAUGGGCGCUUUAUUAAGAAGUCAUCAUCAGACCACCGCCAGAAACGCAUCAGUAAUUUGAACAGGGACAGUUUUAUUUCUUUACAAAAUAACUCUUCUACCCCAGCUGCUGGCAGCGCUUUAUACCUUGAUCACUCAUACCAAUCAUUGCAAUGUUCAUCAACACAGCCUUCUUAUGACGAAUAUUCUUUUGAUCAUGUAAAUGAAACUUUAUUUAGUGGAAAAUUGAAAACAUUGAUUUCUUCGCGUUUUGUUGUCGAUUUACAUAUUUUGUGCACGAACAUGAAAUGUCUCAACUGCUCGAGAAAUGUGUUGUUGGAGGAUGCAGUUGGGGUUUUACCAAUAGGGGUGUCUGGCUAUCUAAUAGUAAGAUGUCGGACGUGUUCAAGUUUUAUUCGUGUGGCGAUGGAUAAAGAACACACUGGACAACAUCAAAGAGGACCUAAAGUGCUUGAUGUAAACUCAAAGCUGGCUACAGCUAUGUACCAUAUCGGAAUAGGCCCAACUCAGGUGAACAACUUUUUGUCAGUUGUUAAUCUGCCCACACCCAGUACAAAGACAAUCCAAAGAAGGUGUGAAGAAGUUGGCUCCAAAUUAGAGGAACUAGCCAGUGAGUCAACUGAUUUGGCACUCCAAAGAGAAGUUGCUCUAACAAAUGAAGUUGCUCCAUCAGCGCAAACCCCUGAAAUGACAGACAGUGCAGAUCGCAUAAUGCAACGCAUUGGAAUUCCUGCACCAGGUUAGUGCAUCAAAACCCUUAUCAAAUAUAUACCAUUAUAAUAUUGUACCUUCAUUAUUCUUUUUGUGGUACCAUUUUUGUUUUAUACUGGAACA